AUGAUGGCCUGGACACAACUCAUCAUAUUGGCCUUCCUGGCCCACGCCAGCUUUCAGGAUUCUGCAGUUUACAGCCCGCCUCUCCACAAAUCUCCCGCUCAGAAAUGCGUGCCCAUCACGAUGCACUCAUGCCAAGACCUCGAGUACAACCUGACCGUCUACCCGAAUUUGCUCAACCACCAGAAUGAGAAGGACGCCGAGGAAGCGAUUCGCCAAUUCCAGCCGUUGAUGAAGGUCAAGUGCAGCGAGGACAUCAAGCUUUUCCUCUGCACAAUCUACGCGCCGGUGUGCACCGUGCUCGAGCAGCCCAUCCAGCCGUGCCGCCACCUGUGCCAGAGUGCGCGCGACGGCUGCGAGACGUUGAUGAACAAGUUCGGCUUCCACUGGCCCGAGCAGCUCGAGUGCAACCUGUUUCCGGUCGACGGGAUUUGCGUCGGCGAGAACAAGAGCUCGACAAGCGCCCCACCCGCCCGAUCGCACAACCACCCGGCCGAGCUGGAAUGCCCGUCGUUGAUGAAGACCCCGUUCCACCUCAACGGCGCCUUCCUCCAGCUCAACGCCGGCAAGAUCGCCGAGUGCUCGUUGCCCUGCUCGGCCGAUGCUCAUGUGCCCACCUUCUUCGACGCGCGCACCCGAAGAUGGCUGCGGCUGUGGACUGGGCUGUGCGCCGUCGCGUGCUUCUUCGGCUCGCUGUUCACCAUCUGCACCUUCUUGAUCGAUCUCAACACCAGAUUCAAGUACCCGGUGCGCCCGAUUCUCUACAUGGCGCUGUGCUACUUUGGCCUGUCGGUCAUCUACAUGAUAGGCGUCUUUGGCGACGACAGGUUCGCGUGCGGCGAACACGCAUCCGGCCAGAGCCAGUUGGUCAACCAGGGCGUCGACAAGUUUCCGUGCUCCGCCCUCGCCGUCGCCCACUACUUCUUCACGCUGGCCAGCUGCGUUUGGUGGGUAGUGCUGUGCCUCGCCUGGUUCCUGACGGCCACCCGCCACUGGGGCUUCGAGUUCAUCGAGUCGAUGUGGCUGCACUUCCACGCGCUAGCCUGGGGUCUGCCCGGCAUCCUGUCCAUCGUCGUCUUGAUCACCAACUCGUUCGACGGCGACGUCUUCACGGGAAUUUGCUCGGUCGGCAACUUGAGGGGCGAUGCCCUGUUCUGGUAUCUUGUCGUCCCGAUUGGAUCGGCGUUAACCGUGGGUCUCGUGCUGCUGAUGAUGGGCAUCUUCUCGAUGGUCCGCAUCCGAAAAUACAUCAAGCUGCAGCAGGUCGACGUCGAGAAGUUGAUCAACAAGAUUGAGAAGCUCAUGUUGAGGAUAACUGGGUUCUCGGCAAUUUACGUGUUGGCGACGGCGGCCUUUGCCGGCAUCCUCUUCUACCAAUCGAGGCAGACGCCGUUUUGGAUCGAGACGUGGUACGGGCAGCGCUGUGCGAGCGCCCAGCGUGCAGAUUUCGGCUUCCACCGCGCCGCCAAGGAGUGCGCCCCGCUCAACACCGACUCGGCGCCCCCAGAAAUUUUGCUGUUCGUGAUGAAGUACCUGCUCCACCUCGUCGUCGGCGUCACGUGCGCCAUCUGGGUGAUGUCCGUCAAGACGAUGGGCAGCUAUAAGCGAUGUUGGAAUCGUGUCGUCCGCGGGCGUACAAUCGUGGCCACCGCCGACGACGAGCUGAUGCCGAUGGGUGGCGGCCCCGUCCGACCCGGUCACCACCAACAGAUCCGCGGCAUCCACGCGCAGCGC